UUGUUUUUCUCCUUUUUCCAAAGCGUUAUCUUUUUGUGCAAAAGUGUUUCGUCCUGCAAAUUGAUAGGAGAAAAACCAGUAUACUUUGUAAUCGGUUCAAUUAACACCUUCCUGGUAUUUAUUUUUUCAAUCGUUUUACACAUCCGAGCUUACAUUUGGUUGUGGUGCUAGUGAAAAAUUGUUGUUUUCUAAAGAGUGAAUCAUUUUGCCAGCCAUUCACAGACGGUGUUUCUAGCUAGUGCAUUAAAAUAUUCUGUACGCUACGUUCAUUAUUCAGGAGGCAAGUGAAUAGCUCACUACGGGUUUGUUCGUCUGGAAGAUGAUAACGAUUGAUAAGAUUAAAGAAAAGUAUCCGAUCCAUUGGUUUGUCUGGAACAACGAUUUUCGUGAGCUGCAGCAAGCGAUUGAAUCGAGUGAGUACAACUUAGAACAGCUGGACCCGCGAGGUCGAACGCCGCUUAUGCUAGCGGUCAAGCUUUGUCACUUGGAAUGCGUAAAAUUACUUCUAGCGGCCAGAUGUGAUGCCAAUUUCGAAUGCGAUGGAUGGUCGGUGGUUCAAGAGGCAGUCUGCUCUGGCGACGCUAGCAUUCUUACUGCAAUCCUAGAGGUACGAGACCUGCAACGUCACAUCAAACGGGUUUCCCAUGUUCCACAACUGCUGCAACACUUGCAGGACACACCUGAUUUCUAUGUCGAGAUGAAAUGGGAAUUCACCAGCUGGGUUCCGUUGAUGUCGCGCGUUUGCCCUAGUGACACGUACAAAGUCUUCAAAAGAGGUUCGAAUGUGCGAAUUGACACCACCUUACUAGGGUUCGACAACAACAGCUGGCAACGAGGUAAUCGGAGCUACAUUUUCAAGGGACAAGCUGAGACGGCGACCAUGAUCGAAAUUGAUCACGAUACUGGCGAAGUAUCAGUGGAACACAUGCGAAAUAUAGAGGCAGAAGAAAUUGUUGGCAUUGCGCCGUCGAAAGAGUCCGUUUCAUUACGACUUCAAGCGCCGGUCAUUUGUAACCAUAUCGACAUGGACAAGAUCAGUUUUGAACGCAACAAGUCCGGCUUCUGGGGAUGGCGUAGCGAAAAGGUAGAAAACGUAAACGGUUACGAGUGCAAAGUAUAUGGUGCUAGUAACGUAGAAUUUAUUACCCGUACACGUAACGAGCACUUGAGUGAGGAACAGGCCAGAAUUCGCAGCUCACGAACUCCGCUGCAGCAUUUCCUAGGAAUGGCAGAGGAAGAUUACGAUCAUGGUGGUUCGAAUGCGACUAAUAACACGCAAAGUGCACUUAAAGAUACUAGUUCCUCACCACUGCUGGGUCAAACGGAUGAUAGCAGUCCAUUAGAAGGUGCUACCUCGUCAAAUUCAACAACGGAUUUUCCUGCCGGCGCUCCUAGUGCAGAAGAAUAUUUUUCUGACAUUGAUCUUCAAGGAAGAGACGUUGGAAAACCAAAGAGAGUUACUGCCAAAGUGCAACGCUUCAAGGCCAAUCUGUGGCUUAGCGAAGAAUUUCCAAUUAAACUACAGGAACAGGUUUUACCAAUUCUAGAUCUCAUGUCUACUAUGGCUAGUCCACACGUGUCCAAAUUGAAAGACUUUAUCACGAUGCAACUUCCAUCAGGGUUUCCGGUCAGAAUAGAGAUUCCACUCUUCCACGUGCUUAACGCGGUGGUUACAUUCGGAAAUGUGUUCGCGAUUGAUACAGCCGUGACCAACGUUAGCCACCUCAAGGAAUCGGACGAUCGAACGACAUGCAUUAUUGACGACUGCUGUUUCGAUGUUCCUGCCGAAUAUGUUCGACGGGGUAGCGAGUUCAGGCGGCAGGUUACCUUUGAGGACGAGGAUGAAUUGAUGCAGUUUGCCAUCCAGCAGAGUUUGAUUGAAUCUGGUAGCGAGAACGACGAAGUUGACAUUUGGGAGGCACUCAGAGCACAGCGUCCACUAACGCCAAACUUUUACGAGGAAGAACAGUUGCAAAGCUCUACCAAACCUAUAGAUGCUCGUAAAAAUCUUGCACCCGCUUUGCCCAAUUCACUGGCGAAAAGCCCUCUUAAAAAGUUGUUCAACAAAAGUUAACUGUUUUUAGCGAAAUAUAUGUGAGCGCUUUAUGAGAAACAAUAACAUCUCACGUGUAAAUAAUUGUUUUCUAUUUGUUGCGUAACUAAAAACUAUUGAUUUAAAUUUGUCCUUUGGCAAUCUAGUGACAUGAUCUGUUAUGAUAUGCAUCAAACCUAAAACUGAAUGUGCACAUGAGUAUUUAAAAAUCGUAGUUUUAGCAAAGCCAUGAAACUUCUAUCAAACGAUCCCAGUUCCAAUGUAUGCUCCUGGCCUAACAAGACAAUCGUCUUACAACAGAAUUUCGGAUCGGGAGAGACUUUUAGUGUCAAUAGGAUUGUGGCACUAAAUCCAAAAUUGUCCUAUACACUAACAGCUGAUUGUCUAAUUAACAAAAUUAUUUAUAUUUUUAUAACAUUGUUUUUUAAUAAAGUAAAAACGGACGAGGGGUGCUUACAGACGUGUAUACCUCAUUAAGCAUUGUUGAAUAUGAGCAAAAGCAGAUUUCAAUUUAUCAUGUAACGCAGACGUUACAAGAUUAAGGUUGACAUUGGAACUCAGGAUUAUGAAAUUACGUUAUCAAUCAUUUACACAAUACAACUUUGUCCAAAUGUUUACUGUGUAAAGCCACGUUAAAUAAGAGUCAUGAUUAGAGCGUUCCAAUCUUCAUUUUCACUAACGAACAAUCAAGCACCACGCAGAACCCGUUUCCUAACAACCCUUAGAACUCCUGUCAAUACUUAUCUAGAGCAUAGCAAUCCAUCACCCAUCCGUCACUCGAACACUAUCGCUAGUCGAACCAAAACGCUUUUAUAUGUUGUAUCCACAGAGCUUUGCAAGAAUCACUGAUCACUGGAUUUCAAAGUGGAAGUGCAGCUACUUCUGCGGAACAUGAGCAGCAGGCCGUCAACGGUACCGCCGCCGCUCCUGGUGGAAUGCUCGGAAACGAUGAAGUGGACAGCAUUCCC